AUGGAUAGCUUUCAGCGUGUCAAGGUGAUUGGCAAGGGGUCCUUCGGCGCCGCCGUUCUUGUGCGCCGCAACACCCAGCUCUUUGUCAUGAAGGAAGUUACACUGACCGGAUUGGCUCAGAAAGAGAAGGAUGAAGCGGCCCACGAAGCCGCGGUCUUGCAAAAACUUGACCACCCCAAUAUCAUCCGUUACGUGGACAGCGGCAUGUCUUCGACAAAGCUAUGGAUUGUAAUGGACUAUGCCACCGGCGGUGAUCUGGACGACUUGGUUCAGAAACACAAACGCAGCAAGGAUUACAUGUCCAUUGAGCUGGUGCUAGGCUUGUUUGUGCAGAUCUGCUCGGCAAUCAAGUACAUUCACGAGCUUAAAAUUCUGCACCGCGACCUCAAGUCGAAGAACGUCUUUCUAGAUAAGCCCACCACCAGCGACAGCAUCCCGCAGGUGAAGUUGGGAGACUUUGGCAUCGCCAAGGUACUGGAUUGCACGCAAGCCUAUGCCAAGACUCAGAUUGGCACACCGUAUUAUCUCUCUCCGGAGAUCUGCAAGGACCGCCCCUACUCGUAUCGUGCCGACUCGUGGGCCCUGGGCAUCAUCUUGUUCGAGUGUCUGGCCCUUCACGUGCCCUUUGAUGCCAACAAUCUCAAAACGCUCAUCACCAAAAUCACGUCACAUCCCACACCGGCCAUCCCGGUACAAUACCAAUCUGUCGACGGUCUGCGCGAGCUCGUUAAUUCGCUGCUUGCCAAGGAACCUGGGCGCCGGCCCUUAGUGCAAGAGGUGUUG